AUGAGCGUUCAGGGCUGGGCUGCCAACGCAGGACCCGCCUUCAGGGCAGCCGACAACAUGGAGCUCAGCACCAAGCGCGUCACCGGCGUUGUCAGCAUGGUGUGCUCAUCUGAGCAGAUUGUCAUGAUCAACCCCUCAGACACCAACCAGCAGGUGCAGCUGGCGCCCUCUGCGCAGGUGCUGCUGGAGGAGGAGGGCCCCGAGUCUUUCCACGCCAAGUUUGGUUCCCACUUUGUGUGCGGCUACACCAAGGGCGGGCAGUUUCUGGGCAGCUUCACGGUGGAGUUCUCCAGCACCGAGGCUGCGCGCCUGCACAUCGGCGACAUGCAGGCCGGAUUCAAAGCCGCGUUUGCAAGCGCCGAGGCCAAGGAGGAGUUGGUUAGCAAGGUCGACUCCACCCAGACAGUCACCAGCUUCGGCGCCGAGUACUCCUGCACAGGCUGGUCACCCAACUACCCGCCAAAGCUAGCCUGCAGCCUGGGCGACCUCAUCGAGGGCUGCGGCAAGUUUGACUACACCCAAGCCGGCAAGCUGGAGGCAGUCCUGCGGCGCUAUGAGGAUAUCGACGCAUACCGCGCCGCGCGGGCGGCCUACUACGCCGCCAGGGGGCAGCCUGAUACCUGGGUCGGCCCCAUGAAGGACGCAAACUACGGCGCCAUCAUCGCGGCCCUCAGCGCCGAAUUUUCCAAGAAUGACUACCUCUGCAGGCUGCUGAGGGACGAGGCUGACCCCUCUUUGGCCGCCAUCCGCGACAGGGCAGAAACAGCCCGCAAGCUGUUCAAGCGCAGGCUCGUCCUGGACGGCGUGCAGGAGGUGCGCCGCAACCUCAGGGGCCUGGAGGCCUACCUCAUCACCUACCAGCAGGACGACGCCGCCGCGGUGCGCCCCGAAGACGAGGGCGCCUGGCGCCUGGGCCGGGCCCUGGUGUGUGAGCUGUGGGGGGCUGCCCAGGAGCUGGAGGCGGCCCUGGAGGCGGCGCUGCCGCCGCUGGGCACCCCUGCACCGCGGAUUCCCAAGAAGAUCAGCAAUGGCUGGGCGAUCGACACCAGCGACGGGCACCUGCGCAUCCUGCACAACGGGGAGCAGAAGCUCGUCCUGCACAACGAGGAGGACGGCAGCGGCGUGUGGACCAAGGAGAUGGGCUGGCUGCGCGAUAGGCUGUUCAAGGACGGGGACCCCGUCACCAUCCGCUGUGAGCGCUGGGGCAACCGCCUGCAGGCCACAGACGACUACAAGGUGGACGGCUACCACAAAUUGCCGCGGCCGGCGACGUGGAGUAACGCCAACAGGGGCGAGUGGGAGCGGCUGGUGGUGGAGAGGCUAUAG